AUGAAAAAUUUAUUUACGUCGUUCUCAGAUUUCUCAAAUCACCAAACUCUUCAAAGACGUAAAGACGAUUCUCAAAUGGAGGUCACAUCACAAACAUCGUUGAAAAGUGAGGGACAUGAAAAUUAUCUGAUGAUGACAAAUGAAAUGAAUGAUGAGCAAGGCUUUGUGGGAACGCGGUACGACGACGACGAUCGCGGUGUUCAGAUAAAAACAUAUGUUCUAAAGUUGUGUUACACGAAGUGA